AUGUCUUCUGUCCCAAGCGAAGAAAAGAAGUACGAUCUUGAUGAACUCGCCCUCUCUGACGGAGGAAGCACACCAGCACUUGCUCUUUCCGACUCCGAGAAAGACGAGGCCGUGAAACAGCUCGCAGAAGAAUACAACGUUAACCAGAAAAGUUUGAUGUGGAAGAUUGACCUUUGCGUUGUUCCGCCAUUUUGUUUACUCUACUUCCUUGCCUUCUUGGACAGAGUGAAUAUCUCGAAUGCCAAAGUUUAUGGAAUGCAAACAUCCCUUGGUCUGCAUGGUGAACAGUUCAACACCGCCUUGACUGUUUUCUUUGUUCCAUACGUUAUUUUCGAAGUUGUUUCUAACUACUGUUUGAAAAUCGUGAAACCACACUUGUGGAUGAGUAUGAUGAUUGUUCUUUUUGGUGUCGUGACUCUUGCGACCGGAUUUGUGAAGAACUUUGGUGGUUUAGUUGCUACCAGAGUUAUUCUUGGAUUCUGCGAAGCUGGAAGUUUCCCUGGAAUUUUCUACAUCAUGGCCAACUUCUACUCCAAAUCUGAGGCCCAACGUCGGUUUAGUAUUUUCUUCAGUUGUACCUCUGUUGCUGGUGGAUGUGGUGGUGCUAUCGCCUACAGAAUUUACGAUUUGAAUGGCGUUCACGGACUCGAGGCCUGGCAAUGGAUUUAUAUCAUUGAAGGUACCUUCAGUGCUGGUCUUGGAUUCUUGCUUUACUUCCUUAUCACCGAUUUCCCAGAAGAUGCCAAGUUCUUGAAGAGCAACGAAGUGAAGUUUUUGAAGAAGAAGUUGGAGAUCUACUCCGGUAACUCUGGAUUUGAGGUCAAGCAAACCGUCAAAGACGUUCUUGAGGUUUUCAAAGACCCAAUGCUUUAUCUUGGAGCCUUGAUCUACUUCUGCUUGGUUAUUCCUUCUUACUCUUACGCCUACUUUGCCCCAACCAUCAUCAAGCUUCUCGGAUACACAGCAAUGGACGCUCAAGCACACUCGAUUUACCCAUGGCUCUGCUCUUUGGGAUUCUCCAUCAUUUUGGCCUUUGCCUCUGACUUUCACAAGUUUAGACUCCCAUACGCAGUCGUUGCUGCCUGUGUCGCAAUUGCAGGUUUGUCUAUGAUUCUUGCAGGUGGUGAGCACUAUCACGUUAAAUACGGAGGAUGUUUCCUUGUUGCCUGUGGACUUUACUCAAGUAUGCCUAUUGUUGUGUGCUGGAUCAGUCUUAAUUUCUCUGGUCACAUCAGAAAGGCCGUGGGAACGGCCUUUGUUGUCGGAUUCGGAAACAUUGGAGGUAUCAUUGCCUCUUUCAUCUUCCCAGAUAAAGAAUCUCCAGACUACGUCAAAGGUUUGGGAAUUUGCAUUGGUUUUACUGGUCUAGCCAUCGUGUUCAUGUUCCUUUACUAUGGACUUCUUGUGACGCGAAACCACAAGAAGCUUACCGCAACUUCUCUCGCCAAAUGGGAAUCUUACGAUGAAAGAACGCGCAUAAUGAAGGGGGACCUCAAUCCAUAUUUCAGAUAUUUGUACUAA